AUGUCUCCAGCAGCAGUCGAGCCAGGCGAGCACAAAGUGCUCAACACAACCUUGAACCAUUAUCUGGAUCCGGAAAAGGGAGGCCACACGCGCUACAUCACGGGCACAGCGUCGUACUUUCGCCGCAAGUUCGAUGAACGCCCCGUCCAGAUCGCCGACAUUCGAGGGCGCGAAGAGGGCUUUAAUCUCAACACGCAAGGCUUCCAGUUCGUCGAGUCGGACACGAUUGGCGGGGACUUUCGCGAUGCCGAGAAGGUGAAGAAGGAAGUGUACCCCGAGACGGAGAAAUUGCUGCGAGAAAUCACCGGAGCGACACGCGUAAAGGUCUUCUCCCACAUUCUGCGCAACGACUCGCGCGAGGCUGCGGAGGAGAAGGUAAAGAGCAACCCGCAGUUUUCAGACGAUGACGCCCCGAUCGAAGACGUGGUGCCCGCGCGAUUCAUCCACAUCGACCAGUCGAACUACGGCGCCGUGGAAGUGUUGGACGACAACAUCCAUCCUCCCGAGUUGGCGCAGAAGCUGAAGAAAACCCGCUGGUCCAUUAUCAAUUGCUGGCGGCCGAUCAAGCCCGUCUUCAAGGACCCAUUGGCCAUGUGCGACUGGCGAACGCUGGAUGAGAAUGACCUCGUGACUAUCCCCGUCUUCUUCCCGCCGAAAGACAGUGGAAUGCGGUAUGCGACGUUGACGGAGGGCGAUCGCUUCGAGCUCUUUUACCUUCGCUACAAUCCCGAACAGGAGUGGUACUAUCGACAUGGAAUGAAACCGGGCGAAUGUCUCUUGGUCAAGUGCUUUGACACCGUCAACGAUGGCAAGACGGCUCGCAAAGUGCCGCAUUCGGCUUUCGUCGACCCGACUAAUGUCGAUAACACGACGCGCGAGAGCAUUGAGAUUCGUUGCCUGGUGUUUUACGAGGAUCAGCCGCUGGAGGGGUAG